AUGGCUACCUUCCUGAAAACAAGAGAAAACACGAAAAAAUUAUAUCUUGAGGGCCAUUAUUAUUAUAAAUCGCCCAACAUCAAAAAUAAUUUAAUAUUAUGGGAUUGUGCUGAUAAAAGAAAAUUUAAAUGCCCUGGUCGGGUUAUCACCAGGAAUAUGGAAGAUAAUACAGAUGUGGAAAUAAUUUGCGGGCAUAAUUGUGAAAAUGAGGGGCAUCAUUAUUUCAAAUCGCCAAACAGCAAAAAUAAUUUAAUUAUAUGGGAAUGUAGUGAGAAACGUUAUUUUAAAUGCCCUGGUCGGGUUAUCACCAGGAAUAUGGAAGAUAAAACAGAUGUGGAAAUUAUUUGUGGCCAUAAUUGUGAAAAUGAGGUAGAAAUUUUUUCCGGAAAUAGAAGGAAAGAAAAUGUGGGGAGAUAA